UUUUUAAAAGCAACAAAUGCCAAAUAGAAAAUAAGCUUUUUUCGCUACUGCUAUAUUAUUCUUUCGUAUUUAUUACGUUUUCUCCUAAUAAAUGUUACAAAACUUAAUAUUACCGAAGGAUAAAAUGCAAACCACCAUAAAGGAAAUACUUGAAACGUUAGGAUGUAAUUUAGAUGCUGAUACUGUUUUGGAUUACAUACAGAAUGAUCCCAACUACGGGAACUGUAAUUUGUCACCGAAACAAGUCAAUGAAUAUGCACAAAGAAUAGCAAUAAAAGCUUCCAAUUCCAAAGGCUUUUUGAAAAAAUAUGAAGAUCUGAAAAACCGCAACACAGACAACUUAUCAGAAAUCAUUGCACUAUUUUACAAACUAGUUGUGGAAGAAAAGAGGCCUAAAAUAUCUAAACCAAAAGUAGCUCCAAAACCAGUACUAGGUGACAACAAACAUCAAAUAACUAAGGAUGAUUUACCUCAGAUAAAAGACAAGCUUCUGAAAGCCGUGGACGAGAGCAAGAAGCUGGUGAUGAAGUCGUUUGAGGAGAAGGAGGCGAAGCUGCGCCCCAACUGGUACAGCAGCCUCGACCUGCCACACUGGCAGAAGGACCACCCCUCCAUGUCCUGGGACUUCCCCAAGGAGACUGUGCCUAUUGUUGCUUCCUUAGCAAACAUACCCAUACCCUCUCAAGAAAACAUAAUCAUAGAAGAGCUGCUAUACCUCUUCAGCGGAGUGCCAGGCAACUUCAUAGUGCACCAGCCGGUCAAAAACCUGUAUGACCCCCGCACCUUCCUGAUCUGCGAGGACCUGGACGAUGCGUUGAAGCAGAUCGUGCAACAGAUGCUGCCGCUCGCCUCCAACUACUCCAUAGUGAGGCGGUUCAUUGAGCAGUGCAACAUGUGGUCGGGGCAGGUGCUGCAUGCUUUGGUUGCAGCUAUUGAAGUGCUCUUGAAGGAUUAUUAUACGAUGCUGGCGCAGCUGGAGACGGAACAGGCCUCCGGAGGCCUCAGCCUGCAGAAGCUGUGGUACUUCGUGCUGCCCACCAUGCACACCAUGCAGGUGUUGGCCGCCAUCGUCACUAAUAUUGGGAAGAGCGAGCUCCGCGGCGGCGCGGUGCUCACGGUCCUGCACUCCUCCACCCUCACCCUGCCCGGAGAUGCGCGCGCGCAGGAGAUAUCUCUGUUCCUCACGGAACGAGCGAGCCGCCCGUACCUGCGCGCCGCCGACCUGUGGAUCCACGAGGGCACCAUCCGGGACCCCUUCCAUGAGUUCAUGAUAGAAGACAACGAGCUAAUCAACAAGGAGGAGCUACCAGUAGACUAUUCAGCCGACUAUUGGGAGAAGCGGUACUGCAUACAGCGCGAGCGGGUGCCGACGUUUCUGGAGAAGUACACGGAUAUCAUACUGAGGACCGGGAAAUACUUGAAUGUUAUUAGCCAGUGUGGAAAGUCAAUAAAGAAAACCAACACAGAAGAGUUAAAGUACUCUCUCCACGAACAGAACUACAGCGCCAUUAUACAAAAAGCCUACGCAUUCGCCAGCAAAUCCUUACUGGAGCUUCUAAUGAAGGAAUACGAUCUCAUGGGGCGACUGAAAUCGGUCAAAAACUACUUCCUGAUGUCACAAGGAGACUUCAUCGUGCAAUUUAUGGAUGCAACGGAGCAAGAGCUCAGUAAGAAGAUCGAUGAUAUUAUACCGUCGAAACUGGAGUCGCUUUUGGGAUUGUGUUUGAGAUUGUCAGCGGCGAGCCACGACCCGUACAACGAGGAUAUGCGAGUGGAGCUGCUGCCGUACGACUUGCAGUUCCAGAUGUUCAAGAUACUCUCCAUAGAGACGGAGGACGAAAAGGAAUACAAACAGAACAAGGACUGUCCGCCAUUAACCGGCAUCGAGACGUUCUCGUUCGGCAUGGAGGUGAAGUGGCCCGUGUCGCUGGUGCUCAACCACAAGGCGGUGGCGUGCUACCAGAUGAUCUUCCGCCACCUGUUCUACUGCAAGCACGUCGAGAGGCUGCUGUGUCGGGUAUGGCUCUACAACAAGGUGGUGAAGCGUUUCUCGGAAGCCCGCCUGUACGCCGACGCCUUCGCCCUCCGCCAGCGGAUGCUGAGCUGCAUCCAGCACCUGCAGUAUUACAUGUGUGUUGAAGUCAUCGAGCCGUCGUGGUGCCAGCUCAUACAGAGCUUGGAUAAGGUCACAAACGUGGACGAGGUCCUCGAGCGGCACUCUGACUUCCUGGAGGCGUGCCUCGGCGACUGCAUGCUCACCAGCCCGCAGCUUCUCAAGGCCGUCACCACGCUGUGCCUCGUGUGUGUGCAGUUCUGCACUUUCAUACAGGAGAUGCACAAAUACUUCGUGGACGCGGAACUAAACAGUAUGCUCGGAUCUACGUAUGAAAGUUCAGAUUAUAGUGAGGGCGCGGGCUGCGGCGUGGGCGGCGCCUCCUCGGGCUCGUCCGACUCGUUCGCGCGCUCCGUGUCGCGCUACGGGCUGCGCUUCACGGCCGCGCUGCUGUCCGUGCUGGCCAUCAUAGAGCGCAUGGCGCGGGACAAUAACACCAAUAAACUGCUCAAUAUUAGCGCCAGAUUAAACUUCAACACGUACUACGCGAAGCAGCUCGAGAAGUUCUGUUCGGACGACAAGCUGAUGGAGAGUGAGAAGAAAUCUGCAGCUUCCUAGCAGCGACCGCGGCGCGCCGCGCGGAGUCAUAGCAAGCUCAUAACACCGGUUUAAGCUGCAUUUAUAACGUUAUAUUUUAUAACCCGGCCGAAAGAAGAUGAAGCAAUGACUAUGGCUUUUAGAAGGAAGUGUAGGUUAGAAACUUGGCCACUCAAUACAGUGAGCAAGUAAGGUGGCUAAUCUUUAUUCGCGUGGGUUAUGAUUUAUAACAGUUGCCAAAGUUGUGAAGUUAGUGUUGCACAGUGAAAAAGACUUUGAUUGGACACAUUGGUAUUAUUAAUGAACUGAAAUCUCAAAUAACUCGAAUUGUUGAUGUCAAAAUUGUGUGUGUGAUUAGUAGGUGUAUGUAAGUAAUCUCUUUUUUUUUUAAAUCCUCCAUUAGUAAGCAGACGAAUAUUUAUACCGAGUGGAUAUUGGUUUACAUGAAGACAAAAUAUGAUAUAUUUUUGAUAUCAUAAAAAACUUUCCUGCUUAUUCAUAUUCUAUUAGAUAAUCUACGAAAAAAGGAGCGUUAAUCUACAAGUCACAGCUGUAUCAGCCGAGUUAAAACUAUAUUUUCCAGAGAAAGAAAUAUUUUUUCCUAGUCUGCGGCCAUAAAUUCAGUCAGUAUUUGUAUGUGCAAGCAAUAAUAAAAUUGGUGAGCUCUAAAACAGCCAUCCAGUAAAUAUAAUUAGAUUAAAUUACAGUAUUUAAGUACAAAUAACAAUUAACUAAUCCAAUCGUAAACAGUAUUUUUCGGACACUUUAAAAAUGUAGCUGAUAGUUAAAGCACAAAAUUAAAUAUUAGAAUCUAACUAAAACUACUUAUUAUGUACUAGUUAUGUUAGGCUUAUGCUUUUGAAGUCAACUCACUAACAAAUAUUCCUAAUGUGAUGCCAUAACAUUAUUUGAUAAGUUUGGAAGUAAACAUAAUUAUAAAUUUGAUGAAAAAAUAAGAAUUCCAUAGAUUUAGAUGUUGAGACUUUCCAUUCCUUGCCAUACUGAUUCCAUUUGGAUAUUUUAUGCCAUGACAUGUUAGUUAUAGAGUUAGAUAAUAAGGUUGUGUUGUGAAUGUUAAAAUUGAAUGUUGUAUAAAAUGUUAUACCCAUAUCUCUUCUUCCAUUUAAAAAAUAAAUUUGUUAUUAAUUACAUUAUGUAUUCCGCACCUAAUUAUUUGGGAUACCCCCUGUAAAACUUACGUUCUAUUGCAAGUUAUUUUUAUGAUAUAUGAUACUAAGUUUUAAUGUCUAGUAAAUUAUUGGCUGAGCUAUGUUGAUUUUGAGUUGGCCAAAGAAUUCUGUAGCUAGUUCACAAUUUGUAGGAAAGUAAUUUUGUUACGUCUGUUCUGUUAAAAUAUUGUUUAUUAGAUACUUGCCAAUAGUUAAUGUUUACUCAUUUGCUAGACGAAAACAUUAAAUGUAUUUUGGAACUAAAAUUAAAUUAGGAAUCUAAAUUUACGUAACUUUCUUCACUUUCCACGGUAUUGUUCAUGUAAAUAUUGCCGUUAAAAACUAAUUUAAUAAAAUGCUAAUUAACUGAUCA